UGCGGGGGAAAAUGGCAGCCUCCUUGAGGUUAUCCCUAACGGCUGCGGCGCUGAGAGCGGUCACUCCCUGGCCGAAGAGCAGGCUCCCCGCGGCCUCUCCACGGCCUCAGGCUCUUCGGGAAGCGUCGUCCUCCAAUCCCGAGGCCGGCGAAGGGCAGAUCCGCCUCACCCAUAGCUGCAUCCAGAGGCUUCUGGAAAUCACCGAAGGGUCAGAAUUCCUUAGACUGCAGGUGGAGGGAGGUGGAUGCUCCGGAUUCCAGUACAAAUUUUCACUGGAUACAGUUACCAACCCCGACGACAGGGUAUUUGAACAGGGUGGGGCAAGAGUGGUGGUUGACUCUGAUAGCUUGGCCUUCGUGAAAGGGGCCCAGGUGGACUUCAGCCAAGAACUAAUCCGAAGCUCAUUUCAAGUGUUGAACAAUCCUCAAGCACAGCAAGGCUGCUCCUGUGGGUCGUCCUUCUCUGUCAAACUUUGAUGAGUGACCCAGAGAUUGCCACCAGGCCUACCAGUUUGAGACACUUGGGGUUAGUAGAAUUCUAGAGGUUUCCUUCUAAUCACGGUCCUCUCUCAAUUUUAUUUCCUUCAACCCAGGAGUGUUGUGUUUUGCCACUAUUGUUUUCAGAAUGUGAAGCUUUUGCUCUUGGCCUUAUUUUCCCCUCACAAUUCUGAGGCCAAGCCCCCAGAUGCUAUUACCUCAGAUUUAAUCACUGGUUGAAACCCAGUAUAAUCAAUUUAUAGAGCCCCCAGAGCUCCAGAAUUUGGAACUACUGCCCUGACUUUCAGAGCUGCAUGUACAUAUGUGUAUAGCUGUGUAUAAAGUCUUCAUUUUAAAAGAAAAUCCUUAUAUAUUUAUGUUUUGGAUCAGGGUGAUAGAUUGGCUAGCUUAAACAGUGGUUGCUAGGUCAGAGAGGAUGAGAAAGACAAAUGAAAUGUUCUACUUUUCAUCUCAUCUUUGUGACAGUGCCACUUGAUACUUGACUUAUUCUUAUUUUGCAUGUAAAAAUGCAUAUUCUUAUUUUGCCCUCCAUUUGUUUGGGCAAAUACAUUUUCCCCUUCUGCUCAUGGAUCUUCUAGAUUCAAAAAACCAAGAGCCUGUCACCCAAAAAGCUUAUACCAAACCCCCAUUGAUACCUGAAUUGUUUGAAAAAUAGCCUCCAUACUCAUAUGGACAUUUCAGAUUUCUGUGAUCAUUUAAUGACUGAAUCUUUCCAGGAUGUAUUGCUUCAUCCAGUUUAUGGUAUAAAAUGUCUCUGGUCUCAAGCAUGAGCAGGAAAUGGUCCCUUUGUUAAUAUAGAUAAUAGAUCUUAGGGGCUUUUUUAAAGGUAGGGCUGCCAGAUAAAAUAUAGGAUGCCCUGUUAAAUUUGAGUUUCAAAGAAACAAGGAAUGAUUUUUAGUAUAAGCAUGUCCCAAAUAUUGCAUGAGACAUUUAUACUAAACAAAAUUUGUUGCUUAACUAAAAUUCAAAUUUUACUGGGUAGCCUGCAUUUUUAUUCACUAUAUCUAGCAACCCUACUUUUAGGUCACUGGAAAAAAUCUUUUUAAGCCACAAAUUCCAGUGAAUUUUAAAGUACCUGUUUGGGUAUGGCACUUAAAUCAGGUAGAGUUUGAAAUAAUUACAGUCCCUGUUUGACAGGGCAGGGAGAGCCAGAAUAGUGUGGGUAGUGAAUCAGUCAGAGUUCUCCAGAAAAACAAACCAAUAUUACAUAUAUAUGUAUAUAAAUAGGUUUAUUAAAAAUAUUUGAUUCACACAGUUAUGGGGACUGGCAAGUGCGAAUUUUAGGGCAGGGUGGAGGCUGGAAACUGAUGAGAGUAAUCUUGAAUUCUUAAGUCCAAAUUCCUUGGGCUAGAAACUCAGGAAGAAGUGGAGGGUGUGGUCUUAAAUUUGUCUACUCUCUGGAACUCUCAGUUCUUGCUGUUGAGACCUCCAACUGAAUGGAUGAGGCCACCCCCAUUAAUAGAGGGUAAUGUCCUUUAAUUAGGGUCAACUGAUUGUAUAUGCUAAUCCCAUCUAUGAAAUCCCUGCACAGUAACAGCUAGGUUAGUGUUUGACCAAACAACUGGACCCCAUAACCUAGCCAGGGUGACACAAACAGCUAAAGGAAAAAAAAUCCACAACAGCAGCAACAACAAAAUGAUUUAUUACUGCAAAUGUUGAGCAAACUACAACCAAAUUGAUUCUGGAGGAGAUAUUGGUUAAAUCUCGGCUCAGGAGCCUGAAAGUUCAUUAUAGCAAAAACUUGCAUUUCUAGGCUGUAUUGGAAUUGAGAUCGUUCUGUAAGACAAUUUACCAUUUUAAAUAAUGGAAUUAGACAACUUAGAGACAAAGUAUCUGAGACAGAUGCUUCACAUUUCCAAUGUGGGAAAACCUAAGACUUAGAGAAAGCAAACCUUUGAUGUUAUUAGAGGAAAGAAGGGGACACUCAGAAACCAAAGGCAGAAAGCAGCAGACCAUGGAAGCAUCUGCAUGUAAAGUUACUAAUACACUGAUUUUGCUGCCAAUGCCUGGGUUUAAGAUUUUCAGCUCAGAACAAGUUCGUUCAUCCUCCUUGAAAAGAGGUUUUGCUACAUUCUGAAUGUUAGAACCUAUUCUUCCAGAUUUGGUUUUUGUGGAUUAUUUAUUGAUUUGGUGAUUUUACACCUCCUACUGAGCACAUUCAGAAUAGCUUUAGUUCAGUAAAUAAUUAAAUUGCAGUGGUGAGCUAGGCAGAAACAGUCCCUUAGAAUGAAAAAACCUAAAUGUGGGUACCAUUCCAAUGGGAGAAUUGGAAUGUUGUCUUAUAAAGGGUGGGUUUGGGAGAAAUCACAUUACUUCAUCACACUGAGAAAGCCUCUUGGGGAAACCUGAAGUGGUAAAAGAAGUUUCUGUUGGAGGGUGAGCAGGUGAUGUAGAUAUUUUCAGGACACAGGACCUGGAAUGAUAGCACCAAGGAGACCUUGGGCAGUUUGCUUGCAAUAAACAGUAAUUGGUGAAAUGGUUUUAGCAUCUUUUGGAGGCCCUUUCUGACCUUAUGUCCUUUUCCUGGGAGGCCAUAAAAGCCAGUGGAUGUUUUCACAAAUUUUAUUCACUAUGAACAUUCAUUUAGGAAAACUUUGUGCUCUUCCAGUAGUAAUGGGAAGAUCUUUUGCUUCCCAUUACUUUUGAGGGGAGGUUUUCAAGGCUUUAUUUGUUGCAGAAUUCAUUUUAUUUAACUUUAUAUGCAAGCCAGUGUCUGUGGCAACAUACCUUUGCUUUUGCAAAAUGUAAUAGUGUAAGAAUCAAAGACAGGGAGCCCCGAAUCUGCUUAAUGUUGUGAAUCAGCUUUAUGUUGGGGGCUCCAAUAGUGGGCUUCUUAGUCAUUGUUGAAUCACACUCUUGAGUUAUGUGGUGAUAGUAAGUAGUGGUAUGUGAGGUAUGUAUCCCACCCACCUUGGUUUCCCAUAACAAUUUUUUGUGUGGGAAUGUUGACUAAUUACAAAGGAUUAGGAGAAAGGAGUUUCACAAUUAAGGGAUUAGGAAGGACUAGUAGGAAGAUAGACUCUUCCCCCUCUCACUUUCUUAUGAGAAUUGAACCCUUUUCUUUUGGUCUUUUAUUAUGAAGCAUCAGAGUGGAGGGUAAGUAUUUGGCAGGAGCAUCCUGGUACAGCGAAGUGGGCAGCACUGAUGGUGGCUGAUCCUUCUGGAUGUUGAGCCCUCCCUUCAACCCUAGCCCCAAGCUGAUGUUAUGCAGCUGGCAUUGGGCAGGGCUGAACGCCCGUCCACUGCAGUACUACCAUGGUUGUGCAUGCAAGGUACCUAGCAUUGACGUUUACGAUUGCUCUUUUAAAAAUCCCUAUUUGCCCUUCAUUCUUCACAAAAAUGCUCAGGGCUGUUUGAAACAAGGUUUGCUCUAAGAUGUUUUAAAAUAAUUAUCACCUCACUUUAAUUGUAAAAUAAAGUCGGGCAAAUACAUAAAGAGAGGGAGCAUCUAAGUAGUUUGUGACCAGCUGCUGUAUUUAAAAAUAUUUUAUUUUUUUGAAAACGUAUACAUAUGUUACAAAAUUCAAAAAGAUGCAGAGGGGAAUACAGUGAAGUCUUCCAAUCCUGUCCCCAUCUACCCACUCACCCUCCCCACAAACCACCAUUGUUUUUAAGAGUUUAUCCCACAGAUGUAAUCCCAUACAUAUAAUGUAAAAUAAUGUAUGUAUAGGAAUACCCAUUACAGCAUAAUUUGUGGUAGCAAAAAAGUGUGAAACAAUGGAAAGAUCCAUCAUUAGGGUGCUGAUUAAAUAGAUUAAAUUUAAUUAAAUUUAAAUGGAUUAAAUUAUCCAUUCAAUGGACAUGUGCAAGUAUAAAGUGAAAAAGCAAAAUCCAGAACAGUAUGUAUACUAUACUAUCAUCUGUGUUUUCAAUAAAAGAAAAUCUGUGUGUAUGCAUGCAGUACCUCUGGAAGGGUGAGCAGGAAGGUGGGGGCUGGGGGCGGGCAUUGGAAACAGCAUUUUGGAAGGAACGAUGCCCAGAACGGGAAGGAUAUAUAUCUGGGGAAUGAUAAUUUCUCUGAAUUUUGGGGUGUAAGGUGGAGAGGCAAGGAUGAAGUUAACAGAUAUCCACUUCUCUUUUCCCUUUAGACAAAUAGCAGCAUAUGUUACACUCUGUUAUAUACCUUCCGUUUUUCCCUUAAUCUAUUUUGGAUAUCUUUCCUACAAAGUAUUUAGAGCAGCUUUUUGUUUUUUAGGACUCCGUAGCAAUUUAUUCUUUUCAAUCUUUUGCUAUUACAAAUAAUGCUGUAAUAAAUAACCUCUUACAUGUGUCAUUUCACACUUGGUGAGAAUUCCUAAAAGUGGAAUUACUGGAUCAAAGAGUAAGUGCUUUUGUAAUUCUGAAAGGAAUUGUCCUCUUCAGAGUUUGUACCAGUUUAUACUCCCAUCAGCUAGCUAUGUAUGUAUGAGUGUCUCUUUUCCCAGAUGCUUGCCAAAUAGGAGUCUUAUCAAACGUUUUGAUUUUUGCCAAUCUAAUAGUUAAAAAACAGCAUUUCAGUGUGGCUUUAACUUUAUUAUGAAUGAAGGUCAAUAUUUUAUGAGCCAUUUAUUUUUGUUUGCUGAAAGCAUCUCGACCUAGAGCAUGAUUUAAUCUUUAUAAUCUUCCUGUGUCUCAGUUUCUUUAUCUAUAAAUUGGGAAUAAAAAUAGUAGGGUUGUUGAAUGAUUAAAUGAAGUUUAUGUACAGCACACAAAACAGUGCCUGGCAUGUAGCAAGCAUUCAAUAAAUUAUUAGGGGAUGGCUGACAAUCAGAGCAGCUGGUAGGACAGUCCAGAUUAAGUUAAGAAUGUGCUUAAGUUAAGAAUGCGCUCAUCUCCGUGUCUCCAUUCACACGGAGCCUUCUUCAUUUACCUGCCGUUCAUCAGAGAAAUGCAAAGUCAGAGCUUUCCUUGGUCUUGGAAUAGUAAAGAAGCUUUUUCCAUGGAUCUCAAUAUCAGCAGAGCUGGUGAGGGGAUAGGCACAGCCUCAUCUCUAAUAUUUAUACUUAGCCAAAUUGGUAAAUUGGUUUAAUAUGAAAUAAAACAAGAUUAGUAAAA